AUGGCUCCAGCCGUGCGGGCUGAGGUCGCUUUGGUGUCCCUCAAAAACUGCCUGGUCAAUUUACCCCCGGGACUGAUUGCACUGAUCAGCAAUACCAAUAUACCUGCCCAGAAUGUCGUUGUCGAGUUACAAUAUAGAUCUCAGACGCUAUCUACGGGGGCUAUCUCGAGCGGCAAUACGGCCGGGUUUCAAAGAUCUGCCUAUGUCGGAUGGACGGGAAUGCCCACACGGUCCCGACCUGCUUCAGUGAUCAACAACGACCGGAGUCGCCCUGGAACCAGGGAGCAAGAGACCCAAGUAGUCGAGAUUGACGCCACAUUUGCCAAAGUGCUCGGUCUGUCCGAAGGUCAGAAGAUUGGCAUUCUGAUCCACCUCGAUCCGCCCGUCGCACACAGUAUCAACAUUGAACCACUGACCCCGGCGGAUUGGGAAGUGAUCGAACUGCACGCCACUUUCUUGGAACUGAACCUGCUAUCUCAAAUCCGAGCACUCCCCAAUCCUGCAUUCAGCAACAAGGCCACCGUCCAGGCCGAGCACACCCAUCCUCUGACUCUGCAUUUGUCACCGACAGCAACGGCAAAUAUCAUCGUGACCUCCUUGGUGCCGCCCGUUCCCAGCACAUGCCCCUUCGCCAAGAUAGCUCCAGAUGCCGAGGUCAUUGUCGCUCCCAAAACUCGACAGAGGGCAGGCCGGAGCGCGAGAGGAGAUUCGAGAAGCAUUGCAAGCAGACGCAGUGGCAAAAGCGGUGUCAGUAACGUUCGCAAUUCGAACUCGAAGAGAGGACCACCCAAAUCUGCAAUCUUCAUGCGAGGCAUCGACCGGGCCACUGCAGACGGCUUCUUCGACGAACCAUCGAAUGCAAGCGCAAGCGCACCUCCCACUGACAAGCUUUGCAUCUGGCUAAGCAGCGACGUGAUUGCAGCAGACGACAUCAAAUCCGCCACAUGGGCCACUGUGACGGUCGUCAAGCCAGCCGGCCUGCGUGCGCAGCUGGACUCUGCCCAGGUGAAUCAACUCAAAGAGGAGGAAAGCAGCGAGGUCGGCAGACCGGCGUCGAAGCUUGUGGCGCAGGUCCUGCCUUGGCCGAACGCGCUCGACGAUCGACAUGCUGUGUUGUCAUCUUCCUUGUGCGAAAUGCUCGGUGUCGAAGGGAUGGUGGGAAUCAUUGUCCGGAUCGAGGCAGCGGCGCCGCCACUCGCACGCUAUUCGAUCAAGAAGUUCCAAUUCUACCCCUUCCUACCGUCCAACUCCAAGAAGAAGGAAGGUCUGAAAUUCGGCGGGGACUCACGAGCGGCGAAACAAGCACUUGCCGACAAGCUCCGCUUGACGUUCUCUGGAGACGAUGGGCUUCUGUCGGGACCGAUCACGGAUGGCAUGGUUUUACCGCCAUCCGGAGACGCAACUUCUGCGUCGUCGUUUGACGGAGGAAUCUUGAGAUUCCGUCACACGACGGAUCAUGACGAGGACCGUGGUGACUCUUGUCUCUGGGUGCAUGGCCAGGAACAAGACGACGACUUCGACAUCAAAGCCGAAGUUCCUCGACCCGUCUCAUUGACCACUCUAUUCCCCACUUUCGCACACGGGAUUCCUCGCCAGGUUCCUCACCUUGUGGGCGCCGACGACCUGCUGAAGCAAUGCAUGUCGAAUCUGACAUUAUGUUCGUCAGUCCUGUUGACCGGUGGAGUCGGGUCCGGCAAGACCUCGCUUGCUCAAUGUAUCUCGCAACGGCUCCGUGAAGACUAUGUGUUCAACGUGACCUACUUCUCGUGCCAGAAGCUGGUGACCGACGAGACGAGGGUGUCUACGAUCAAAGAGACGUUGACGAGACUGUUCAUGACGGCAUCAUGGUGCGCUCGACUCGGCGGCCAGUCGGUCGUGGUGCUCGAUGACCUGGACAAGAUCUGCCCCGUCGAGACCGAGCUGCAGGUCGGAAACGACAACGGCCGCAGCCGCCAGAUCACCGAGAUCUUAUGUUCCAUUGUGCGGCAAUACUGCAGUAUCCAUUCCGGAGUUGGUCUGCUUGCGACGGCGCAGAGCAAAGAUGCAUUGAACAGCGUCAUCAUCGGCGGCCACAUUGUAGGCGACAUCAUCGGCAUCAAAGCGCCCACGAAACAAGUCCGGCGCGACAUCCUCGACUACCUGACCGACGACGGCAGCGUGUCGGCAAAACACGGCAAUGGACACCGUCACACACGAACCCAGAGCGACACGCGAAGCAUGUCCGAAAGCUCAUGGAUGGACCCGUCGAACCCGUCAUCCAGACCCGGCUCGUCAUCCUCUUCGUCUCGCGUCGAAGGGUUCCGCCUCUCCCCAAGUCUAGAUCUCCUGGAUAUCGCAAGCAAAACCGACGGGUACAUGCCCGCAGACUUGGUCCUGCUAGUCUCGCGCGCGCGAAACGAAACCCUGACACGAAUUAUCACGGAAACCGAUUCCAACGAAACCUACCAGUCCACUAUCACCAACAAUAAUAACAGCACCAAUUUCGACGCCCCGCCAACCAUCACCAAAAAGGAUUUCGACGCCGCCUUGAAGAACUUCACACCUUCAUCACUCCGAAACGUCACCCUCACUCACUCCAGCACAACGUUCGCGUCGGUCGGCGGCCUGAAAGCGACACGAAACACGCUCCUGGAGACCCUGCUCUACCCGACGAAAUACGCCCCGAUUUUCGCCCGAUCACCACUCCGCCUACGCUCUGGAAUUUUGUUGUACGGCUACCCCGGAUGCGGGAAGACGCUUCUCGCGUCUGCCGUGGCAGGGGAAUGCAACCUGAACUUCAUCUCGGUCAAAGGCCCGGAGAUUCUGAACAAAUACAUCGGCGCGUCGGAGAAGUCGGUGCGCGACCUGUUUGAGCGCGCCCAGGCCGCGAAGCCGUGCGUGCUGUUCUUCGACGAGUUCGACAGCAUCGCGCCGAAACGCGGGCACGACAGCACCGGCGUCACGGACCGCGUCGUCAACCAGAUGCUCACGCAGAUGGACGGCGCCGAGGGCCUGGAAGGCGUCUAUGUGCUCGCUGCGACGUCGCGCCCUGAUCUGAUCGAUCCAGCGCUCCUGCGGCCCGGUCGCCUGGAUAAGAGUCUGUUGUGCGAUAUGCCGGACAUGGACGAUCGGCUGGAUAUCUUGACAGCCGUGUGUGCGAAGCUGCAGUUGACUCCGGAAGUCGAGAAUCGCUUGCUCAGUGUCGCCCAACUCACGCAGGGCUUGAGCGGUGCCGAUCUGCAGGCGCUGAUGUACAAUGCCCAUCUGGAGGCGAUUCACGAUUUACUGGGCGACGGCUCGAAAUCUGCGCAGGACGGUAAAGAAAGAGUCCGUGGCGGCUCUGGAUACAAUGGUGUCACAAGAACAACAACAGGAGGGAACGGUGGAAGUGCGAAUGGUCCAGGGCCGGGCGCUCGCCGCCGCAGACGCAAUGGUCCGGAGAAGCAUGAUUUCGUCCAGUUUCUGUACUCGCCUGAAGAGGAUGCGCGGGCAAAGAAACUUCUCACUUCGUCCGCCGUGGAUUCAAAGGCUGCCAUUGCCGCGAAGCUGGAUGAGCUGAAACUCGCGCGGAGACGCGAGAAAGAGCUGCUCAGGAAUACUCUAGCUCGACACUCAUCGGCCUCCGCCACGGCGUUUAGAGACGGCCCAGACGGCAAUGCAAGUGGGAAAGAUGAGGGGAACCGCAAAGACGAAGUCAUCAUCGAGUGGAAGCAUGUGGAAAAGUCAUUGGCAACUACCAAAAGCUCCAUCUCUCAUGACGAGAGGAGGAGACUGGCGGCCAUCUAUCGCGAAUUUGUUGUUGGAAGAAAUGGCGAGAUGCCCAAUGGUGAAGGCAAUCGGGACGUCGGUGGACGGACGAGCCUGAUGUGA